AUGUCCACCGACGACGCCACCGUGGACGCGCACACCGACCCCGCGACCGCGACCGCGACGGAGGCGGACGCACCACCGGUACAAACGACGGACGCACCGCCGCCACCGCCCGAUGCGGAUGAUUCCUCGAAACAAAAAAGUCCCGCAGACGCGACGCCCGCGCCCGUGACGCUCGGUCCGAAGACGUUCACGUCCGGUGAUGAUCUGAUGAAGUACUUCGGCAAGCUUCGUAACGAGUUGACGCUCGAUCAGAACAUGAACGAGUACGAACAGAGCGUCACGGAGGCGUUGCUGCGACUGGGACACGCGGAGGCGGAGAAAAAGUUUGGCGCGGGUCUGCGGUCGUUUCAAGUGCGAAAUCACCCCACGCACGGCUCGAGGUGCUUCAUGAUCGUUAGGGUGGAUAACACGGUGGAGGACUUUUCGUAUCGAAAGUGUGCGGGGCGGUUGUUCCCGGGGUACGAUCCGAGCAAGUAUAAGAGCGACGAGCCGCGGGUCGAGCGCGGCGGCGGCCGAGGCGGACGCGGCGGUCGAGGGCGCGACGGCGGUCGCGGUCGGGGGCGAGAUUUUGGACGUGGACGGGGUGGCCGAGACGGCGGUCGCGGCGGUGGUCGCGGCGGUGGUCGCGGCGGUGGUCGCGGCGGUGGUC